AUGGGAUCGAACAUUCGGUCUACUCAACCUAACUAUUCUGCCCGUAACUGGCGAUUCCGCCUAGGGAUGAACAAGCGCAACACCGUCAGCAUUACUGACUGUUAUGCGCCACCUGCAACAGCAACCGACGGAGAAACGGUUGCAAAGAACAAGCAUUGGUACUACAAGUACGCUGUUCAAGACUGCACCGCAAUCGUCCACGAGGAAAACAGAGUGCUAGACGUCGGUGUGGUGGAUGCGUUUAGACUGCUAGACGUCAGUGUGGUCGAUGCAUUCCGCACUGGAAGCGACCACAGCCUCGUCGGAGCCAAAGUCAGCCUUCGAUCGAAACUCCGAGGACGAGAUCACUCCCAACCUCCUCUAAUACGUCUACCGCAGUACGACGCAAGUGCCAUGGAGGUGGCUGCUGCUCAGUACACGAAGCAGCAGGGCCAGGACUUGUCAAAAGAUUUCUGCUUGCUUGUAAAAGGACUUCUACACUGCGCGACGAUACCCGGUGAAAAGGAUGACCAAACGAUUUACGAAAGAACGAAAGAUUUGGUUCAAAAAGCUAUGAGUUCCGGCGUGCCGAUUCUGAAUAACAGUCCUGUAAAUCAACCACAGUUCCAUGCUUGUGAUGCAGUCACUCAAGAAGAUAAUAGGAUUGCAGCGACAAAAAGCAGUGGGGAAGAAGUAGUGAAUGAGGCGAUGAGAACAUCCCAUAAGCCGAGCUGUUGCAAUCGAGUUCAACUAGACAGCCGUACUGAAAUUGAGCCGAAUACUGAUACAAUAACAGAUUCCCUGCGUUCGAACUUUUCUGUGGAAGAAUCUGUGCUGGUUACAAAAUCGCUAUAUGAUUCAGCUGAACCCUUCAAUGCUACAAUCUCGGAGCCUGCGCCUAUAUUCCCAAAAUCCGGAGCUGAUGCACGACGAACAUCCCUAGAUGCAGCAAAUGUAUCGAUUGAAAGUGUUCCUGUCGUGCUUAUUAUCGGGGCUCCUGGAGCCAGCAGAGCCGAAAUAGCCAAAAGGAUUGUUCAGAAAUUUUAUGGAUUCAUACUGCUUUCUAUGGGAGAUUUGCUGAGAUCCAACAUAGCAGCUCAAGUCGGCGAUAAACUGUGGCGGAGUGUAGCACGCCAAGUCGAGCGAGGGGAGCAAGUACCGCUGCAAAAUCUACCGUUAUUCGUCCUGUUGUUCACAUACAUCUUAAUAGCAUAUGAGUAG